AUUACCAAAAGAUGGCACAUAAUACAAAAAUAAACGUCAAAAGUUCCCGCGGUUGCAUCAUAACCUUAAAUUCGUACAUUCAAAAAUAAACACAAUGGAGAACCUCAAUUUAAGCGAUGAUUUGGAUCUAGAAAAUGCUCUACAGGAUGAAAACGAUGAAGACGAACAAUUAACCCCGGCGGAAGUGAUAGAAUUAAUGGAGGAAGCGUGGUUGAAUGAAAAAUUUGCUCCUGAAAUUUUACCGCACAAAUUCGAUGUUGUUGAAUGUUUAUUAGGUCAGAUUACUUAUAUGGAAGAUAAUAUACAAAACCUUGAAAGUAAGGAUUUUCGGAAAACUAUUCAUCAACUUGAAGUUGAUCGAUUAAGGUUUUUGGUUUGUAGUUAUUUAAGAACGAGAAUAGAGAAGAUAGAAGCGUAUUGUAAUCAUAUUAUGAAGCAGGAAAGUGAGCGAAUUAGUAAAGGUGAAGAUCAAUAUUUGACUGAAAGUGAAUUUCAGUUCCUAAAGGAUUUUAUACAAAGUUUAGAUAGUCAUUUUGAGAAAGUCACAAGCUUCACAGUGGUCACAGAAGACUGGAAAAGCCAGCCUGUGGUGCCAAAUGUUCACAGUUUUGUAUUUUUAAAAUCCAAACAAGAAGUUGAAGGUGUCAUUAUUGAUGAUGGUAGAAAUGAUGAGAAUGACUUGGUUGAUCUUGAUAAAGGCUCACAAUUAAUUAUUUCUUAUAAUAGUGUGGCCAAUUUAAUUAAAAAAGGUGAUGUACAUCUAAUUUAGUGCUUUAAAGAAGGUAAAUAAUGAAAAAAGUACAAAAAUAUUGUUUUUAAUUGGUAAAA